UGUCUAUAGGAGUACCAAUGUACAGCCACCACAGAAACAUGCUCUCUAAGCACCAAGAUGGCAGCCACGAGCGCGAAAAGCCUUGGGCUGCUCUUGGUGCCUGGUUCAUGGGGCCCAAGGCGGAGAAUGGAAAUGUGUUCCACGAACUUGUCACUCAAACUAUUGAUUCUCAGAUAAACUUCCGUCGUCACGUAUAUUUUCCGUGUGAUCCUCCUUACGUGACCGAUGAGCUCCGUGAUACACACGCAUUUAAAGCUUCUAUGAACAAGUUAAAAACUGAGAUGGAAGAACUUCAAAAUAAAAUGAUGAAUUCUGUGCCAUUCUACAGCUCCAGAUACAAGGGCCAUGUCAACUGGGAUGUAGCUAUGCCAGCUCAUCUUGGUUACAUCUGCGCUUUAUUAUACAAUCAAAACAACUGUGCAGCCGAGUCAUCCACCGUGACAACGUCAUUCGAGCUGGAGGUUGGGACCGACUUGUGUGUGAUGAUGGGAUAUGAUCCGGACAAAAGCAUGGGACAUUUGGUGACUGGAGGGACGGUUGCCAACAUUGAAGCUCUUUGGGCAGCACGAAAUGUCAAGUUCUUUCCAUUAGGACUACGAAGGGCUCUGUGCAAAGAGGAGAAAUUGGCUAAUGCGAAACAUUAUGAGGUCUUCUUUCCUCAGAGGGGGGAGAAAGGUGAACUGAUCAGUGGCACUGAAUGGGAAUUACUUAAUCUUGACACUUCCUCCAUCCUCAUCAUGCCUGAGGAGGUGCAAAAACUGGCUGGGCUGGAAAAUCCCAGUGAAUUAAUGAGAUUACUGUCAGAUUAUCUCUACGAGUCUAUUGGGGCAGCUGAGUUUGCUCGCCACCAUCCCCUGAUAGAGAACACCUGCGUGAUAGUACCCAGUACCGCUCAUAUUUCCUUCACAAAGGCAGUCACCAUAUUGGGAUUGGGUAAGAGUAGCCUCGUUCCAGUGGCAGUCGAUGAAAACUCCCGGAUGGACGCAGUCGUUUUAAAAGACAUCUUGGAGAAGCACCUAAACAGACAGGCUCCUGUAAUGGCAGUUGUCGCAGUAAUGGGAACCACUGAGGAAAGCUCGAUUGAUCCUCUUACUGAUAUCCUCAAGAUACGAAAAGAUUUUAGUAAAAAGGGGCUUGACUUUAGCAUCCAUGCCGAUGGAGCCUGGGGUGGAUAUUUCUGUAGCAUGUUACGUGAUCAACCCAAAAACUUUUAUCUUAAAGCACCGGAAGACUCUGGCUUUGUGCCUCAGUUGUAUCUGAGUUCCUAUGUCCACGAUCAGUUGUCAGCUUUGGACCAAUGCGACACCAUCACUAUUGACCCUCACAAAUCUGGCUUCUGUCCCUACCCUGCUGGGGCUCUAUGUUACAAGGAUAGGAAGAUGAACACCUUCCUCCAAAUCACCAAUAGUGUGGUCUAUUACCAUGGUGAUGUGGCUCUUGGUAAUAUUGGAAUUGAGGGAUCUAAACCAGGUGCAGCUGCUGCAUCCGUUUUGCUGGCAAACAGGGUUAUUGGUCUGCACAGAAAUGGCUAUGGUAGGAUUCUGUCUGAAUGUACGUUCACUGCUAAAAUGUUGUACUGUCUUUGGAUGACCCUCCCUGAAGAGGAUGACCAGUUUAUCAUUGAAACCACUAAACCGCUGCCAUCUUCAUGGAAGGGAAUGUCGAAGAAGAAGCAGAAGGAGUUUAUCAGAGAAAGAAUCACUGGUAAAAAUAACGAAGAACUCGCCAAGGACGAUGAAGCCAUGGAGUAUUUGAAAGAGGUUGGUCCAGACACGCUGGUUUCGUGCUUUACCGUCAAUUUAAAGGGAAAUAAAAGCGUCGACGUCUGCAAUUCCCUCAAUAUGGCGAUAUUUCAAGGCCUCAGCCAUUCCUCAGGAGAAAGGACUGCACAUCGAAUUCCAAUGAUUGUGACAUCAUCUAGCAUGCUUCACCACAAGCACAGCUCUGCUCUGAAGAACUUUAAAAAGAGGCUGGGGCUUGAUCCAAAGGGCGAUUCCUCUGUCAAGUUCCUCAUUACCACUUGCAUGGAUCCAUGGGCAACUUCCAUCGGAUUCUUAGAUAACUUGGCUUCUAUCAUGAGGAACAGCAUUCUUUGCGCCAUUGGAAGGGUAACGUAG